UGCAGACAGGUGCAAGCCCAGCUGGGCUGGAUCCUCCGCAUCACCGAGCCCAUCUGCUGGGGGAUGGGGUGGGCUGUGUUUCCUUGACGGAUUUUUGAGAGCCCCCAACCCCCGGCGGAGCGGAGGAGACCAUGGCCCCUCAGGGCUCCCAGGCCGAGCUGGAAUUCGGAGGACCCCUGGGCGCUGCGGCGCUGCUGCUGCUGCUUCCCGCCACCAUGUUCCACCUGCUGCUGGUAGCCCGCUCGGGCCCGGCGCGCCUCCUGGGCCCCCCCCCUUACCUGCCGGAACUCGAGGAGCUGUGGAGCCCGUGGGCGCUGUUGCUGUGUCUCACCUGGCUCGGCCUGCAGGCGGCGCUCUACCUCUUGCCGGCGCGCAAGGUGGCCGAGGGGCAGGAACUGAAGGACAAGAGUCGACUGCGCUACCCCAUUAACGACGUAGGGGGUUCCACUGGCUCCCUCCACACCCCUCCUCCCUCCACUCCCAGCAUUGCUGCCACUCUAUGCACCAGAGAAGUGGCUGGGGUGACCCUGACUAACGGCUUGGGACAAGGCUUCCAGGCCCUGGUGCUGACAGCCCUGUUGGUGGGCCUGGGGGUGUCAGCCGGGCUGCCCCUGAGCGCGCUCACGGAAAUGCUCCUGCCCUUGGCCUUUGCGGCCACCCUCACCGCCUUCAUCUUCAGCCUCCUUCUCUAUCUGAAGGCUCUGGUAGCCCCUGCCUCUGCCCUGGCACCCGGGGGGAACUCAGGCAAUCCCAUUUACGACUUUUUCCUGGGACGGGAGCUCAACCCGCGCAUCUGUUCCUUUGACUUCAAAUAUUUCUGCGAACUGCGGCCUGGCCUCAUCGGCUGGGUCCUCAUCAACCUGGCCUUGCUGAUGCAGGAAGCAGAACUUCGGGGGAGUCCCUCACUGGCCAUGUGGCUGGUCAAUGGCUUCCAGCUACUAUAUGUGGGUGAUGCCCUUUGGCACGAGGAGGCGGUCCUCACCACCAUGGACAUCAUACACGACGGGUUUGGCUUCAUGCUGGCCUUUGGGGACCUCGCCUGGGUACCCUUCACCUACAGCCUGCAGGCCCAGUUCCUGCUGUACCACCCAGAGCCCCUGGGGUUGCCCCUGGCCUCGGUCAUCUGCCUCAUCAAUGCUGUUGGUUACUACAUCUUCCGUGGAGCCAAUUCUCAGAAAAACACCUUCCGGAAGAAUCCUUCUGAUCCCCGAGUGGCUGACCUUGAGACCAUCUCUACAGCCACAGGGCGACGGCUGCUGGUGUCUGGGUGGUGGGGUAUGGUCCGCCAUCCCAACUACCUUGGAGACCUCAUCAUGGCUCUGGCCUGGUCCUUGCCCUGCGGGGUGUCCCACCUGUUGCCCUACUUCUACCUCCUUUACUUCACUGCGCUGUUGGUACACCGUGAGGCCCGGGAUGAGCAGCAGUGUCUGCAGAAGUAUGGCCUGGCCUGGCACGCAUACUGCCGGCGUGUGCCCUACCGAAUCGUGCCCUACAUCUACUGAAGCAGCUCCACGUGUCCCAGGUCGGGCCACGUGCCCACCCAGCUGCCAGCACACCCAGCACCAGGAGCCUGGACUCACCUGGCACUCAAGGGCCUGCACCCUA